GGAGCACAGUGGUAACAGGGAGGGGGGGCGGAGGACGUGGUCACCGAGGGGAGCCCCCGCCCCCUUCACGGAGGCCAAGGCUGGGGUUGCAGAGAGAACUGGAACUGAGCUCGCCCUAGGGGAAGGCUGCGCGGCCAAUCCGUCCCCUCCCCCACAGCCUACUCCGAGGGGGUGGGCGAUAGAGAAGAGGUUGGGGUUGGAGCAGCAGUGAGGGGGGCCCCUCCCUGGCACCUCCCCCCCCCCCACCAGACUUGGUCGCGCCCGAAGUGUAACACUUUCUCUUUGUCGGAGGAGCUCCUCUGUUUCCUGUGCAGCAGCUCCCGUUGCGGCGGCACCCUUUGCAGCCCUGGCGGACGAAGGAGCGAUGGCAGCGGCCGAUAUAGCUCGCCAGGUGGGCGAAGGUUGCCGAACUGUGCCCCUGGCUGGACAUGUGGGGUUUGACAGCUUGCCUGACCAGCUGGUGAAUAAGUCAGUCAGCCAGGGCUUCUGCUUCAACAUCCUGUGCGUGGGGGAGACAGGUUUGGGCAAGUCCACCCUCAUGGAUACCCUGUUCAACACCAAGUUUGAGGGCGAGCCAGCCACCCACACACAGCCAGGUGUUCAGCUCCGAUCUAAUACCUAUGACCUCCAGGAAAGCAACGUGGGGCUGAAGCUCACGAUUGUGAGCACUGUGGGCUUUGGGGACCAGAUCAACAAGGAGGACAGCUAUAAGCCCAUCGUGGAAUUCAUAGAUGCUCAGUUUGAGGCCUACCUGCAGGAGGAGCUGAAGAUCCGGAGAGUACUGCACACCUACCACGACUCCCGAAUCCAUGUCUGCUUGUACUUCAUCGCCCCCACAGGACAUUCACUUAAGUCUCUGGACCUAGUAACCAUGAAGAAGCUGGACAGUAAGGUGAAUAUCAUCCCCAUCAUUGCCAAAUCAGAUGCCAUCUCUAAGAGUGAGCUGACAAAGUUCAAGAUCAAAAUCACCAGUGAACUUGUGAGCAAUGGAGUCCAGAUCUAUCAGUUCCCCACGGAUGAUGAGUCAGUGGCCGAGAUCAAUGGAACCAUGAAUGCCCACCUGCCAUUCGCUGUUGUUGGCAGCACGGAAGAAGUGAAGAUUGGCAACAAGAUGAUGAGGGCACGGCAGUAUCCUUGGGGGACGGUGCAGGUUGAGAAUGAGGCCCACUGCGACUUUGUGAAGCUGCGGGAGAUGCUGAUUCGGGUCAACAUGGAGGAUCUGCGGGAGCAGACCCACACCCGGCACUAUGAACUGUACCGCCGCUGUAAGCUGGAGGAGAUGGGCUUCAAGGACACCGACCCUGACAGCAAGCCAUUCAGUUUACAGGAGACCUAUGAGGCGAAAAGAAAUGAGUUUCUUGGGGAGCUCCAGAAAAAAGAAGAGGAGAUGAGACAGAUGUUUGUUCAGAGAGUCAAAGAGAAAGAAGCUGAGCUCAAGGAGGCAGAAAAAGAGCUGCAUGAGAAGUUUGACCGUCUGAAGAAGCUGCACCAGGAAGAGAAGAAGAAGCUGGAGGAUAAGAAGAAGUCCCUGGAUGAUGAAGUGAACGCUUUCAAACAGAGAAAGACGGCGGCUGAGCUGCUCCAGUCUCAGGCUUCUCAGGCUGGAGGCUCGCAGACUCUGAAAAGGGACAAAGAGAAGAAGAAUUAACUCUGCUGUUUGCUGCAUGCUGCAUGAGACCCAGGGUCCUGCUUUUUUUAACCUUGUCUUCAGCAGCUGUACUAAGUCUAAGAGAGAAGACUGCCAUUAUAGAAGAAUUAGUUAGGGCUCCAUAUUGUCGCAAGCAAGAAACCAACCAGUUCCCCUCCCCUGCAACUGCACAUAUACACCACACUCAAGUGUACAUGUGUCCCUGAGUCUAGGCAAGAAGCUCUCUUCUGACUCACAUUGUCCUUCACGUGGAAGUGUCUUGUCCUAAACUCAAAAGGCAGGAAAAGAAUCAUGAGAGCUGGAAAUGGAGCACAUGUGACCUCAGAGAGACAACGACAGGACCAUUCACCAGGCGUGAAGUGACUGGGGCAGGGGACCUCAGCUGUGGGUGUGGAAGCGCUGUUCAAGAGGUCUUGAGUUUUACGCUUUUUUAAAACCAGUUCUCUGUUUCAAUGGGUUGACUGUCUUCAGCCACUAUUCAGCUGAUUCUGAAUAUGGAAGAGAAAGCUGAGUGACAUUUGCAUCUUCAGCAUUCACAGGACCUUCUGCAGACCCCAGCAAGGGAGAAAUGAAGCAGGAACUCUCAGCUGGAGAAAGAGACUGAGGGGCUUUCAGUUUAGGGAGAGCAAAGUUCUCAAUGAAAACUUCCAAGGGAAUUCAGGGGCUUUGCAAGAGGUUUCUGCUCAACGUGGUAUCUGUAAGGAGAGCUUUGAUGUUGGUAAAUCUGCCUUCAAUUCACUGGCUUUGCGUAACAUCUGAAUACCAUGUGCUCCUCCCCACGUAGCCAUACCACAAACACCGACAUUCUGCUGUCCCGUCUCUUGAGAGAGCCUCUUUGCAUGUUCUCCAGAAUCUGUGUUCGCUUUUUUCCUUUCUUUUCUGGGGUUCUUUUUGCUCAAAGGUGUGACCAGUCACUCUGGGGCUUUCAUUUUCCACAAGAUCCAUCCCAGAACCAGCACUGUUUAGCUCAUUAUCUUUUUAAUGUCCAUGUCAAUUUUCAAUAAAAUUCAAAGAAAUGCU